UUGAGCAGCUACGGGACGGUGAAACUGGUGAUAUCGGAUGGGAAGCUCAAGUUCGAGACUCGCGAGGUUGAAAUUGCUGACCAAAAAAAGAUUGCAAAGGAAGAGGGAAAAGCUGCUAAUAGGAAACACCCUCGUUCCCUCAAUGUGAAGAGGGACAGGAAGAGAGAUUUGCUGAUGCAGAAGAGAGAAUCAAGUACAAGCUUAAGCGGGUACGAAGUCCCCAAGGCUCAAGGUCCUGAGGUCAGACCACAUAAGCUCACCGGCGAAGAACGGUUUUUCCUGAAGAAAGUGGCUCAGAAGAAGUCGAAUUACGUACCCAUUGCCCGGAGAGGAGUGUUCGGAGGUGUUAUUCUCAAUAUGCAUAUGCAUUGGAAGAAGCAUGAGACUGUGAAGGUUAUUUGCAAGCCGUGCAAACCUGGUCAGGACAGGUUCAUGAGUUUGCUCAGGAGAUUGCAAGACUGA